AUGGCUAUCACAUACACUACAUUAAACAGCGAUGUGUCGGAGAUCAGACUUCUAAGAAUUGAACCUGGCGAGCAGGGCGAUAGCCUCAUCUGCUCAGUUUCUGUAGUGUCGCUCGACAACAAGCCAAAAUAUGAGGCUCUCUCCUACGUGUGGGGGGAUGCCUCCCUCACAGUCGAUAUUACUGUGGAUGGAAACCUCCAUCCAGUUACCAGAAAUCUGAACUCUGCCCUACAAUCACUCAGAUCACCACUCAGCCCCCGAGUCAUUUGGGCCGACGCUAUUUGCAUCAAUCAAGUUGACAUUCUUGAGAAAAACAGCCAAAUUCCGCUGAUGGGCCGGAUCUAUACUGAAGCAGCUGAGGUCAUUGGAUGCCCGGGCAUUGAUGGAACGCCAGAGCUUGAAUUCUUUGCUGAAUGGGCAGAGGUUUAUAAUUCUAACACUCCCAAAUGCUUUUCGCUUAAAUGGGCUAUGAAGCACGGCUUAUCAUGGCUCACACCGAGGAGAUAUAUGAAGUACCAGUUAUUCAACCUUCGGCUUCUGAAAGCAGAAUACGCGUUCUGGUGGACUGAGUACUUCCAGCGCAUGUGGACAGUCCAAGAGCUGGCACUAGCUAAAAACCCACCAGUAUUUGUCAUUGGUCAGAAAUCAUUUCGCUUCAGGACAUCGAAAUGGAUUGGACAGUAUUCGAGACCUCAGAAAUACCGACCUAUUGUUUCAGGAGCCGGGAUAUACAAGUUUUUCAACAGCGAAUUGCGUAACAAGUUGGAAGAAGAGCUUCUUGAAUUUUCGAACACUUAUGACCCUGCAAGCAACUCAGCGCGUCUUGUGGCGGCUCGUUAUGGUUUCCAAAACCCGGGCCUUGGCCUCCCUACUUUAUUACAAAGCACUAGUCAUCGGAAGUGCUUCAACCCUCGUGACAGAAUCUUUGCUUUGUAUUCCCUUGCUCCUGGAUUAGAAGCAGCUUAUCCGGCUGAUUACAGAAAACCUCCAGAGCAGGUAUUGAUGGAUACAAUAUGCUAUCUUCUCGAGCAUUAUCCCGAGCAUUUGGAAUUUCUAGUCCUUAGCUGGCCACUUCGAAACACGAGGCUGGAGGAUAGCGAUAGCUAUCCAUCCUGGCUUCCUGAUCUCACUCGCCAUCAGCCAGCUGGGUUUUACCCAUGGGGUUACACACGUGCCCAAGAAACUAGAGUGCCGCCAUCAAUAGACGGCUACAAAAAUCAGACUGUCGAGGUAUCAGGCAUCCAUAAACAGCUGAACUAUGCUUGUUUGGGCCACGAUUUCGUUGGUUCUAUCUUUGAUCCAUACGAACUGUAUAAUGAACUUUCUGAAGAAGACCCAACUGCUGAUGUACAGCACGAGGAUGUGUGGAGUGUACUCGACACUUUCCCAUUAUACAAAAAUAAAUCUGCUUCUCUUACAAAUAAGAAAGCUUUCAUGGCCUCAUCUGGCCUCUUUGGCAUAUGUUCCGAAGAAAUGCAAGACGGCGAUCAUUUAAUGGUGUCGCCAUGGCUUCCUAUACCCGCAUUGACCCGGAAGCGAGACGACUUUCGUGAUGAGAACGGCCGGAAAUUUGCCAAACUUGUCGACUUUACUUGCACAUCUAGGCUGUCUCAGGAUGAUCCUCAAGAGGAGAUUUUGAGAUUGGUAAAGCAAAAGAAGCUCAAGCGUAUUCGCAUUGGAUAA